AGGUGAGCCUGAAUUUAUUAUCAACGAGGAAAUAUAUCCAUGGAUAAAUAAAUGAAUUAUAAUUGGGUAGAAAAAAUCAACAAAGAUUAAAAAGUAUUAAAUAUCCAAUUAAACGUUUAUAAUUUGAGUGAGAAAUUAAUAAAUGAAUAAAUAGUUUAAAAAGUGCUUGGGGAAUACGAGAGAGAACAACAACAAAAAUAUGUAUGUGAAAUUAAUACAUUACAGAAUAUUGAAUUAAUGAAAAAAUAAUCAUUUAUGUGUGAUUGUGUGCCAUCAGAGUUAAAUUACUCUGAAAUAAAGUGUCAGUGAAAAAAUAAGUUUUUCAAAUUCAAAUACAAAAGUGAGACGACAAACAGCAGGAAAAUGCAUUGCCUUUGUCGACCUUCACGUAUUAUGCCCGUACGCAUUAAUCUGCUGGACGAAACGGAGUUUGUACAUGAAAUUAAGGACGAUUUACCCGGCCAGGCACUGUUGGAUGUUGUCUUUGCCCGACUGAAUUUAAUUGAAACAUCAUUCUUUGGCAUUCGUUACAUCGAUGAAGAAAAUCAAACGCAUUGGCUGGAUCCAGCCUCACGAAUUUCCCGCCAAUUAAAACCCAAAGCAGAUCCAUACGAUUUAUAUUUUGGUGUUAAAUUUUAUGCUGCCGAUCCCUGUAAAUUAGUGGAGGAAAUUACAAGAUAUCAAUUGUUUCUGCAAGUCAAACAGGAUGUCCUGCAAGGAAGGCUACCAGUUGCCUUUGAAUUGGCUGCCGAAUUGGGAGCAUUUGUUGUGCAGUCUGAACUGGGUGAUUAUGACCAAAGACGCCACUCCAAAGGUUAUGUCUCCGAAUUUCGUUUACUACCCAAUCAAAGUAGUGAAUUGGAAAAUCGGGUUGCUGAACUACAUCAACAGCUCAAGGGUAUGUCACCGGCCGCGGCGGAGCUCAAUUAUUUAGACAAAGUCAAAUGGCAUGAUAUGUAUGGGGUGGAUCUGCAUCCAGUUUUGGGUGAAGACAGCGUGGAAUAUUUUCUUGGUCUAACGCCGAGCGGUAUUGUGGUGCUGCGCAACAAAACAACCGUGGCUCAUUAUUAUUGGCCACGCAUAGCUAAAGUCUAUUACAAAGGACGCUAUUUUAUGCUAAGGAUAAGUGAUAAAAAUAACGAGUUGAGCACUUAUGGUUUUGAGACACCUCGCAAAUCGGCUUGCAAACAUCUAUGGCGCUGCUGUGUCGAACAUCAUGCAUUUUUUCGUUUAAUGCGUGUACCGCCAUCGUUGCCAAAUUCACCGACAAACACUUCAGAUAUUUUUCAAUUGGGCUCGAGACUGAAAUGCAGCAAAGAAAAAUCCUCGAAGGAAGCACUUUUUAUUAAUCGUACACCUCCAACAUUUGUGCGGGUUCCCUCAAAGCGGCAGCCACGUCGCAUAAUGGAUGACUUUCUGAGCGGUGGAAAGAAACCCGAAUUUGGAAGUUCAGCAUUUCUAAAUGCCAAAAAUGUCAGCAACUAUGAGAGUCCCUAUCGAUCCACAUACAGUAUACCGACUAGUCUGGGCAUUAAUCCCUAUCACCAUCAGCCAUCACAGCACACUAUGCCGCACAGUCAAAGCAAUUACAAUAACAAUGGUGGCAACAACAACAAUUCCGUGCAGGCACCUGAUUCUCCGCGUAGUACUCGUAGUGCACCCUGGCCAAGGACUCAACAGCGUUCGUUGUUUGGCAAUAAACCUUCAAGUCCACGUUCAGUGAGAUCGGCCAGCACCACAGGUGGCGGCGGUGGUGGUGUUGGAGGCGGAGGAGGUGGUGGCGGAGGCGGCGGUAGUCUCGGCCACAACGGUAGUGGCCAUCAUCAUCAUCAGCAUUCACAUCAUACGCAUUCACGUUCCUCGCAACGUGAUCACGUAUCUUCGGCAGCAUCGGGAACCCAUAGUCAUCAACAGCAACGCUAUCGAUCUAGUUCAGUGGAAAGUCAUUCCUCAAAUGAUUCACGUUCUACGCGAAGACACAAACAUCGCCACAGGCGAACUUCCGACAACGAAAGUGAGCUGUCGCGAGGAUCUGGUCGCUCGGGACGUUCACAUCAUCGAAAACAUCGCAGAUCACGUCAUCGACGUGACUCCGGUGGCUCAGAUCAUGAAAGUACUCGGGGACGUAGCUACUCAGGUCAUCGUUCAUCGACAGCACGCAGUGCCAGUGCCAUUGGAUCUCACUCAGAGCUGGUUGAUUCAAGUACACAAUGGCGUGAGGCUCAACGGCGCCAGCAAGAAGCUAGUCUAGGCCAAAGUUCGGUGCAACAGGCAUCGGUAUCGAAGAGCAGUAUGGUGGCGCGUAGCCUGCACAGCAACGAUUCGCAUUCGGAUACGCAUUCGCAUCACAAGUCAAGGAGACACAAAAAGAAUAAAUCCCCCUCGGAUUCACGCAAUCGCAUUUGGAACAGUGAAUUAGCCAAACAUUUGCAAUUUGAUUUGGUCGAUACGGCCGGUAUGACCGAAGAUCAGUUGCGCGAGAUUCCCUACACCGUUGUGGAGACAACAUCCAAACGUUCCAAUUCCAAUAUACGCAUCCACAAGAGUAACAGUAAAAAUAGUGUAGGCGGUAAGAGUACCGGUUCGGGUAAUACCAUAACCAAUGGUAGUGGCGGUUCAAUAAGUGGCCAUGGUAAAAAUCGUGUCGAUCGCAUUAGAGGCUUAUGUUACCAAAAUUCUAAUCCCAAUGAUAGUAAUGGUGCCAAAAAUGGUUCAAUACGUUCAGCCAGUACAAUAUCAUCAAGGGAGUGCGAUCGAAAUAGCGGUCUAGUACGCAUGAUGUCCAGCAUGAGUAUGGGUGAUUUCAUUUCACCCACCGGUUCAAAUCUCAGUCCCAUGGAAAAUUCAGCACUGCGAGUAUCACAUGAACAUACCGAUUCUGGUUUGGGAGCCGAUCAGGAUUAUGCUUAUUCAUCCGAAAGAUCAAGUGAUAGUACACGGUAUGGUACUAACAAGUCCUCUGGGGCCUCUAGCGGUAGCCAUCGUAAAUCCUCCAUUAAUGGAGGUGGUAAUUCCCAAGCUUACAAUAGCCUUAUGCAACAGACUGUGAGUAAUCAAAAACAUCAUCAUCAGCAACAACAACAGCAGCAGCAACAACAACAACAACAUCGACAAAACUCAUUUUAUGGCAAUAGACGCCAUGACCAAACGCCAAACCCAACCAAGCCAAAUUACAGCAAAUACCCAACCACUAACCAGCAACAACAGCAUCAGUCACAUCACCAACAUCAAUCCGUUAAUACAUCCUGUGGUGCAGCAGUUAAUAGUCAUCUAGUAACGCCCACAACCCAGACAACUGCAUCAUCACAGCAACAACGUACAGAUAAGGAUGGUGGCGGAGCAACUGGCGGCGGAGAGAAAUCAAUGCCCAGCCAUCGUUUGCUGAAUUAUACCACAUUUGAGAACAAUCAAUAUAAAUUCAGUCUGAACAAUGCAACACGGCCUGUGGCGGGGGGCAGUAAUGGUAGUAUUAGUGCCAAUAGUAGUAAUAGUGGUAUAGCUGGUGGCGGAAGUGGUGGUGGUUCCCUUACUAAUACUCCCCAUCAUGUUGAUCAUUUUGUAGAAUGGCCAAAUACCCCAGCUGCCCCCUACUAUUAUCAGGGACCCUCUUCGGUGGCCGUACAUGCCAAGAAGCGUGAUGCCAAAUCCGAUUUGGGGGUACCCACGCGACGUCUGUCCGGCCAAGCCAUUACCAAGACUCAACUCUUGACCGGAGGCAGUGCUGGUAAUUAUCCACCAUUGGGCAGUAUAGGUUAUCCUUUGAUAAGUGCCCAAUAUCCGGGCAUUGGUUUUAAUUCUCGCUUACAUCCGGCCAAAUCGGAUCUAUUCCUGGCCUAUCCAUCAUCGGCGGCGGCAGCAAAUCAAAAUGAAUAUGAGCCACCAUUUAUUUACAAUUAUAAAAUGCCACACAUGCCAGAGUUUGUCAGCAGGAACAGCAACAAGAUGUCAACACAAUCUGCCGGACAGCAGCAACAACACCAACAACAAUCCGGAACACAACCAUCCCAACAACCAACCGCCUAUCAUAUUUCCGGGGCCCAGACAGCAGAUCCAUUACCUCCGAAUUGUUACAAAGCGAAUAGCAACACAGCAAGUAGCAGUAAUCUGUAUGCCGGUGCUGCACCAGCAACCGAUGUCAUGUAUUAUCAAUUCGAUAAUAGUUGUGUGGCUUCUUCGGCUUCCACGUCCUCAACCAAAGCUCCAGCCAUUGUCCAGCAACCCAAGUCGUUGAUGGUUCACGGCAAGGCUGCAGUAAUUUCGGGUGGAAAUUCAACAGGAUCGCCUGCCCACAAUCUUGUUGGGCCAUUGGUUUUCUUGCAACAUCCCCAGUCUCAGCAGCAACAGCAACAUAAUCAAAACACCGGAUCUUCUUCCGUUAACAACUCCAUGCCACAGACUUCUAUCACAACCACCAACACAACCACCUGUAGCACCACAACCAAUACAAUUGGCAAUGAUAGGCUUCAGGCAAACGGAACAAACAAUUCAACAUCCCAUUCAAUGUCGACAACCUGUAGUGAAGAUGACUUAGAGGAGAUUGAUGAGGAGCCCAGUCACACAGAAGAUGAUUGUGAUGAUCACCAUCAAAUUGGACAGCAUCAGCGGCACGAUAAUCUUCUAAAUGAUAGCUAUGAUGAUAAGAGUGAUGAAGUCUCCUAUGAUGAAUAUGAUGAUGGCACUUCAACUACCAACAAUAAUAAUAAUUACAAUAACAACAACAGUCCCGAAAUUCAAACACCCGAAAGUGUCGACAGAGAUCAGGUAGAGGAAUUUGGCCACUCAUCGAUGUCUGUGGCCCAUCGUAUUAAUUUAGAUAAUUGCAAUGCCAACAACAACACUCAAUGGCAAUAUCCAUCGCCAACAAAUGCAAAUGCACAGCAACCCGACUUAUUAUCCCCCAAUGCUAAUACUGUCAUGCAUCAUCAUAAUAGUAGCAUGAAUCCGCCCCAUACCAUAAGCACCAAUAUUGUCCCAAUCACAACCAACAAUCCUGCUGCCACAUCCACGUCCAUGAAUAGCAAUAAUAUAGUUAUUACGACACAGCCCUUAUCAUCAUUUACCGGCACCACAAAUUGCAAUAAUACAGCCACACUUCCGACCAAUGCCACAGAUCCAGCCACCACUAACACACAGCAUCAGCAUAAUAAUUCCCCCAUGCAGGACAUGCAGAAAAUUGAAAAUUUACAUAGCAAUUCCAAUUCAAAUUCCAAUUUAAAUUCUCCCCAAAUCCCUAAAACCAGCAAUGCAUUUGGUAGUUCCCCCAGUGGCGGCAAAGUGGCAUCCAGUGCCGGCGUGAAUGUGUUGUCGACAGUAUCGUCAAUGCCAUCAUCAGCAUCAUCUUCAAUAUCAUCAUCGUCAUCAUCGAAUGCGGCGUCCGGAACAACAACAGCAUCCAAUGAUAUGCAAACCCCACAAAAUCAGUUACAAAAUCAAAAUCAAAAUAUUUCCUCCAGUUUAGAGAUAAUCCUUUCACCAAUUAUACUAAGUAGUCGACGAGCACAAUCGUAGGUGAAAUGAGUACAGAAUUGUGAGAAUUAAUGAAUUUUAAUUUGCAACAACCGGCCCCACAAUUGGUACUUCCACCGCCUAAGCCGCCGCCCUUACUAAGGCCUCUUCAGCAGCAGCAGCAGCAUCAGCCGCCGCCGCCACAACAGCAGCAGCAUUAUCAUCAGCAACAACAGCACCCACCAGCAACGAUGCUCCACAUACCCAUACAGGUGGCCACCAUUAGCAUACCAGAUGUGGAGCAACAACAACAACAACCAUCCCAACUACAGCCGAGCCAAAUGCCACAGCAUUUGUCGACCUAUCAACUUCAAAUUCAGCAUGAAAAUCAAGAAACAUUGGCCGGCGUGCCCCCUCCCACGGUGUUUUGUAAGCGCUGGCUGCAACAGCAUCAACAGUAAUGAAAUGGAAAAUGAAGAAAAAAAAAAUAGAAAAUAUCGUAAGAAACAUGUAAAUAUUAUCAAAUGAAAAGAAAAAGAAAAAUAAAAUAUACAGAAAAGGAAACAGGAAAGGAAACGUAAACUAUUAGUCAGCAGGACGCAAUACGAUGUAAACACAAACGUUUUAUUUUCAUUUAAAUGAAUAUCUUUUUUUCCUUCUGUAAUGAUGUUCUUUUCAUCACUUGCUGCAUUGGAUGGAGGAUAUGCCAAGUCUGAUAUUUGGUUUGUAACUAUUCGAAGAAAACAAAAGGGAAAUAUUUACUUCAAGUGUUCUUUGGUGAGCUCAAUGUUUCAGUAAAGCUUAAUGUUCACUCAGAGGAGAGAUUUAAACUGACCUGUGAAUAUUGCGAAUAUUGAAGGGGUGUACCGGUAUUACCCAUCUCCAAACUCCAUCUAAGUUUGAUAAUAACAUAACGACGCCAAAUCUGGACCAAAUCGGUCGAAAGAGACAUAGGGUCUAAAAGAGUUAUUCCGAUGAAGCACGUUUUGCCGAUAUCAAAUGAUAUAUAACCUCUGGUAGCUACAUGGCUGAGAGUAUAAAAAGUAAGCACAGGCUAUAGUGGGGCGGGGCCAACCAUUCGAUAUCCUACAACAUUGAAUGGAGAUUCACUAAGAAGCAUCCAGAUAUCUAUAGCAAGUGUUGUACCUAAUUGCUACUCUUUUCAAAUGUUCAUAUAUCUGGAACAAUCGGUAUUUGACAAAUCCGACGUUCACAUUGUCAUGCACAAGUUUUAACUUGGAUUUAGACCAAACCCACCCCCAUGUCGUGUAAAUGGGUAUUCAAAGCAAUAUUUGAAAAAUUAGGUUCCUCUAUAUGAUGUCUGUGCCUCCAAUAUUUGGCUAUUUUCACCAAUAAAAUCAUCAUCAAUGUGAAGGUCAGAUUUGCUCCUCUCAUGUAUUUGUGAUCUCUGUAAUUUUCGUAUGUUUCCACACAAAACUGUGGAAAACAAUUAUCCGAUAGCCAUUUAAAAUGCUUCAGCGCUAUCCUAAACUAUAACCUCAAAAACAAUCCCACAUCUGUUCGACCUUAGUCAAGAACACUAGGGCAACUGGAAAAUCAAGACAUUUUUUAGGUUUUUGGUCCAUUUUAAAUCUUAAAUAUAAGUUCGAACAAUAAUUGCGACCUGUACAGGGUGGGUUAAAAAAAACUGCAACAAAGUCAAACGCCAUAAUUAUUACAUUUUUUUAAAUGUUAUUGAAUGAAAGCAAAAAAAGGUUCGGAAAUAGCAUCAUUUUAGAAUAUGUAUAGAUUUGUUCGAAUUGGUCAACUUUGGCACGAAUUAUGGCCUUCAAACGGCCAAUGAAACCGUCACACGCUGCACAAAUGUUUCUCUGCGGUAUUUUGGCCCAUUCCGGGCGAAGCGCUUGCUUGACGUGGUCGACACUUUGGCAUUUUUUAGUGUCAACUUUGCUUUUCAAAAUUCUCCAGACACAAUAGUCCAACGGGUUGGUAUCCAGUGAUUUUGGUGGCCAUUUUGCGCUGGAAAUGAAUUCAGGAACCUCAUUUUGUAAACAUUAAUGGGUGCGCGCCCUGAGUACUGUUGGAAUGCCCAAGGUCUACCGCCAAAAUGUUUGCUUGCUCAAGGCUUUAAUACACCCUCAGAAUAUUUUCGCGAUAUUAUUCGGUAUGUAUUCUGAUGCCACGGUCUAUUAAUACGAGCGGAGAGCGACCAACGGCUGCUAUGGCGGCCCACACCAUCACCAUGGCCGGCGCUUGAGUUCUGAUGGCCAACCGAAGGUGCAUAUUUUCAGCUGACCUCUUCGGCAAGUAAACACUAUCAUUUGUUUGUUUACAAACUGCUGGAAAACGAGUGUUUUUUCAUCGGAGAAAACAAAAUUCGGCAGUUCACCACUUUCGGCCAAGCGAAGCAACUCCUUAGCUCUUUUGAGUUUAUUUUCUUUCUUUUGCGGAAUAAAUUCUUUCACUUUUUGGAAUUUCAAUGGCUUUACUCCGAGCUCGUUUUUCAAUAUUUGCCGUAUGGAAUAUUGGAAUAUUGCGAAUCAGCUCACUAACCAUUUUUUCGGUCACUGCCACCCGAGUUUCGAUGAAGUCGCUUCUUUACUUUUUGAACCAUUUCUGUUUUAUUCCGUCCACUACCGUGAUGUCGGGCUACGCUACCAGUAUCAUGGUAAUGAGCGAUGGUACGAUACACAAAAAGAUUAAUUCACAUUUAAAUGUUGGAGUGCUCUAACGAUAGCCAAAUUUAAUUGGCUAAUUGUAAUGUUAUUUUCCAGCCAAAUUUAAAGAGAUCACACUAUCACACUUAAAUUCCAGCACGAAUAACUUUUUUUCUGGAAAAUUCUUACCAAAAAUGGAUUACCCUAUAUCUUCAAAAUUAAAAUCUACUGACCGGUCAGAACGAUUAUCGCGAGCUAUAUUGUUUUGUUGUUUCAAACUGCUAUUAUUCGAUUUCCUUGUUGGCGAAUGCUUCAUUAAGGCCAACAUCACAUUCAGUGCGUAUAACAUAAAAACUGAACAAAGAAAGCUACACACCGAAUGAAACAAAAAAAAAGAACGUUUUAAGCGGAAGCAAAUCUUUGUGUAGUAAGCGCAGAAUUAAAAUGAAUGUAAUGAACAUUACUUGCAAACAUCACGUUCUAUGCUUUGUCUUCUAGUUUUUUUCUUUCUCUGUAAGAAAUUAAAAUAUUUAUUUGGUCUUAAUGAAACAUUUCUGGAGGAAAUUUCUUUUGCUGGUGCUUUUUAAUACUUUGAAAAAAAAUGUUCAGUAGAGGAUUUUGAACAUUUUAUUAAAGUUUGCAAGCAGUAGAAAGUCAAAUAAGUUCUUAACAUUUAAAAUUGGGAAUAUAUUCUUAAAAUGAAUAAAAGGAAAUACUGUAUUAAGAAUAGUUUAUAGGAGGUGUUCUAACUGUGUGGUAGACAUAAAUUAUGACUAUUAUGAUUUUCGAAAUCAAAUUUCGAGUUUCGAAUUUAGUUUUUUUUUACAAAAAUCUCGUCACAUUCCUUUAUACCGCAGCUGAAUUUACAUUAUUUCACUUUGUUCCCGAGUACCCUCUAUGUCUGAAAAGCCUGAUUUUUUAAUUUUACAGGAACUUUUAGGGUCAUAUUGCCAUACAUCAAAAGAUACCAGUAAACCAAGAAAAUGACACCCACAUACCCACUACAUUGCCAGUAGCAAAAAAUAAUAAAGUAAUCCUAUUCGAUUUUAUAAGUGUAUUUAUCACAGGCAAGUACCCGCUACUCCGUUAGUGAAAAGUCCAUCUUAAAAUGAACAAUUUGUUCAUUAUUUGAUGGACAAAUUUUCCAAACAAAAGUUUAUGCAUCGUACUAAUUAUACCCUACACCACGAGGUGGUCAGGGUAUUAUGUCUUUGUGCAUUUGUUUGUAACAGGUAAAAGGAAACGAGAUAGACCCAUAGUUCCCUUUGAUGAUCUGCAUAGAAUCACAUUCUGAGUCGAUUUAUGCAUGUCCGCAUUUAUUGUCCUAUCCAGAUGAAAUUUUGCAAACAUCAUUUGUUUGGCCGAAGGACGAACCCUAUUGAAAUUGGAGAUAAUCGGUCAAAAUUUAGGUAUAGCUCUCAUAUAUAUCUUCGUCCUAUUUGCCUUUUAUUGUGCACCAAACGUGUAAUAUUAGCCCGGAUCGUAUGAAAUUUUGCACAUACAACCAAAUUAGGCCUGAAAAUAAGUAUGCCAAAUUUGAUCGAAAUCGGUUCAGAUAUAGCUAUAGCUCCCAUUUAUAUUGUUCAUCCGAUAUGUUAUUUUUGUCCUUCGCAGCCGUAAUAUGCACUCUGUUACAACAAUAUUUUGGGAAAUAUAUCAAAUACAGGCCAGAAAUACAUGUGCCAAAUUUUAUCGAGAUCGGUUCAGAUUUGGAUAUAGCACCCAUAUAUAACUUCGUCCGAUUUACCUUAUAUUGUGCACCAAACGUCUAAUAUUUGUCCAAAUGGGAUUAAAUUUGGUACCUAGGAUCGAAUUUAGUCUAGAAGGUAGUAUGUCAAAUUUAGUGGAGAUCGGUUCAGAUAUAGCUAUAGCUUCCAUAUAUACUGUUCAUCCGAUUUGUAUUUGUUACCCACAGCCGUAAUAUGCCCUCCGUAGCAUCAAUAUUUGGGGAAAUAUAUCAAAAACAGCUCAGAAAUAUCUUUGCCAAAUUUUAUCGAGAUCGGUUCAGAUUUGGAUAUAGCUCCCAUAUAUAUCUUUAUCGGAUUUCAAAUUAAUUUUGCACCAAAUGGGCAAUACAACUCCGAAUUUAAAAGAUACAAAUGUUUCGGCAUAUUUAGUCCUUUGAACUUUAAAUUAUAAUUAUAAUCAUAGCGUGUAUGAUUAAAAUCUCCCAUAAAAACUUUUAAUUUUUAUGCGGAGCUCUACUAAAUUAGCAAAAUGGUGUAGGGUAUCAUAAAGUCGGCCCCGCCCGUCUUUAAGACUUUCUUUACUUGUUUUUCAGCUGCACCAGUGCAAUAACAUUUUAUUCAUAUUCAAGUUGUGCAUUUUUGGAAAAGGUCUUUCGUUUUGAAGUUUCCCGAAGAGUAUAUUCCACUUCCAAUUUUUCUGGCCAGAACUAUUUCAAAGUCUUUACACAAUAAAAAAAAGCCACAGCCAUAUCUAAAUCGUAGAAACAAAUAGUGACCUCAAGAUCAGAGUUUAGGAUUCAAGCUCUGCCCAUUCACUCAAUGGCUAAUUUAAUACCAUUUAGUUCUUUUCGAAAAAUUUAGUGCACAUUCCAAAAUCAACCUAUUUCUCACACAACUAUGCACAAUGCAACAUAGGACUCCAUAUCAAACUUCAGAAUUCCAGUUCUAAACCAAGACCCAAUCCCAAAUUUAUUACCAUAUCUUUCGUACAGUCAUACAACGCAUGUUUAAACUCAUCUUUUCACUCCUCCCUAGACACCAAUACUAACCCCAAUACCAAAUUUCAGAAUUUCGGCCCUAUCCCUUCACUCAAUAUCAAAUUUAUUACUAUUUAGUACUUUUCGUACAAAUAUUGUCUAAAAUUCCUAAACCACCUUCAGAUUUCAAUUUCGGAUACCGUCAUAGUCUUCGAUACAAAAAUUUCAGAAUUUCAUUACCAAAUUUAGUACAAUUUAAUGCAAUUAUAAAAAUCAGCACCUUCUCUCAACCAUUAAUACCAAAAGAGACUUCAAUAUCAAAUUGCAGAAUACUAAAUUUUGUACCACUUAGUACUCUUCGAAUAAUUACAAAUUUCCAAAACCACUUCCAUAUUUUAAUCACAGACACCAACAGUGACAUAUAUAUCAAAUUUUGGGAUUCCAAGUCCAUUCACGUUUUGGUACCAUUUAGUACUUUUCGUACAAUUUUAGUGUACUUUUCCAAACCACCGCCGAAUCUCAAACACAGAUACCAGCAAAAUGCCAAAUAUAGUACCACUUAGGUACGAAAAAUACACAUAGCACAUAUUUCCAAAACCACCUCCAUAUCUCUGCUAAAGAUCCAACUGUAAUCUCAAUAUAACAUUUUAAUAAAAAAACUCUUUUCCAUCAUCCAAUAUUAAAUUUUGUACAAUUUAAUACUUUUCGUACAAAUAUAGGAAGCAUUAAUCUAAGUAUUAAAUUUCUAAAUUUUAUCUCUAUCCCAUUACCUAGUACCAAAUAUAGUACCAUUCAGUACUAUUCCUAUUCCUUCACAUGAACAGCGACCCUAAUACCAAAUUUCGGAUUUCAAAAACUAUCUCUUCACCCAAUACCAAAUGUUUCCAAGUAUAGAACUAUUUUGUAUUUUUCGUGCACAUGUAGUACCCAUUUACAAAACAACCUUUUUAUCACAAACCUACCAGCAAUAGGGACCCCAAUAUAAAAUUCUAGCUUCAUCCAUUCACACUAAUCAACAAACUGUUCCAAAUCUAGUACCAUUUAGUACAGUUCGCACACCUAGUACACAUUUCCAAAUCCACAUUCACAUAUCAAACUUAUUUUCCAGUGCACAUAAUACCAAAUGGUACCAUUUUAGAAAUUUAGUACCGUUUCAGGACUUUUCGUAACCUUAUAGUUCGAAUUUUCAAAAACCCUUUCCGUUUGUACAAUGCAAAGUAUUAAUUUUUAAGUAAAUUUUGGUACUUGUCGUACUCUUUUAGUGCGAAUUUCCGGAAAACACGGUCUUAUUAUCCUCCUACGCACCAAGGCUGACCUUCAUGCAAAAUUUCAAGAUUCUAGCUUUGGCCGUUUCGUUUGGGCGUUGAUUCUAGAUCAGUCGGUCAGUUCAUUAUAUUUGUCAUUCCGUUUGUAACUCCUCGCAAUAUUCAUACUAGACCCUACAAAGUAUAUAUAUUCUGGAUCAGCGUAAAAUUCUAAGACGAUCUAAAGAUGUCCGCCUGUCUGUCUUUUGUAAUCACGCUAUCUUUCGAACGAAUUGAGAUAGAAUUUUGCAUAAAUGCUUAGUUUACCAGUAGGCAGGUUAAGUUCGUAAAUGAGCCAUGUCGGUUCACAAUUUCGUAUAGCCCCCAUAUAACAGUACCUCCCGAUAUCCGGAAUUAUUUCAAAUUUCAUAUUUAAAAUUCGUAAUAGGUACUACAGCCUAUGACAAACAUUUUUGUAUGCAGUUCCACGACUUCGUAUAGCACCCCAUAUAACAGUAGCUCCCGGUAUUUUGAUGAUUUCAGCAACAUUAUUCGCCGCAAUCGUUUCAAAUUUCGUAUUGGGAGAUCUUAAUGGUUACUACAACCUAUGGAAAAAAUCGUAUGCAGAUCCACGUCUUCGUAUAGCCCCUAUAUAACGGUACCUACCAAUAUUCAGUAUUUUCAUGAUUUUUACGACAUUAUUUAUCGGAAUCAUUUUAAAUUUCAUAUUCAAAGUUCGAAAUGGGUACUACAGCCUAUGACAAAAACGUUUUCGUAUAGUCAGUUUUCAUUUAAGUGGUAGAUUCCGGAAGUUUUUUGAAAAUUUUCAAGGUCUUUCCAAUUGGUGGAGGGUGUUAAAAGUUCGGCCCGGACGAAAUUAACUGCUUUUUUACUUGUUCAUUAUUUUAGCCGUUCUUCUCAAUUCUUCCGGGUUAUAGGCGUGAUUAUUUCAAAGAGAGUAUAACCUCCAUCCCAAUAUAAAAGGUGUAAAAUGUAAAAAUACCGAAAACAAAUUA